CAUGCGCAGUGCGGGCGGAGCAGCGGCGCCCCCUGUUGGAAGCGGGAAGCAGCGGGGCCUGGCUCUGAGCGGGGGGCGGAACCGGGAACGGAACCGGGAACGGGAUCGGAACCGGGAUCGGAACCGGGAUCGGAACCGGGCGGAGCCUCGGGCCGGUACCGCCAUGAUUCGCUUCAUCCUGAUCCAGAACCGGGCUGGCAAGACGCGCCUGGCCAAGUGGUACAUGCAGUUCGAUGACGCGGAAAGGAAUUCAUCCAGAAACACAUCAAGGAAGUCUAAUUCCCUCCCAGGUCCCCAGUUCCCAGUAUUUCCCAGCACCGUCUCCGCCCAGUCCAUUCCCGUCUUCAACUUCUACAAGGUGUACACGGUGGUGGACGAGAUGUUCCUGGCCGGGGAAAUCCGCGAGACGAGCCAGACCAAGGUGCUGAAGCAGCUGCUGAUGCUUCAAUCCCUGGAAUGACCCAAAAUGCCCCAAAAUUGCCCCAAAACUCCUCGCCCCGCCCUCAGUGUUGUCGUGCUGUGUCAAAAAUGUGAAUUUCUGUGCGUGGAAGUGACCAAAAAUGGGAAUAAAUGGGUUCAAAAGGA